AUGCAAUUAAAGUGUGCAGAAUAUUUAAAGGAAGCUGUAUAUAUUAAUUAAAUGUUAGGUUAACACAAAUAUUGAAUAAAUUCGAUAUUCAUUUAUGUCAAAAGCUUGUAAACAGAUAGCAUAAUUAUUACCUUUUCAAUCAAUGUGGCAUCUAUUACUUAAAUAAGAGAAUCUCUUUUUUUAUAUGUUAAUGCUUUAAUCAAUGUUUGGUUAAAAUAUCAAAAUGUUAUUGGAGUUAAUAAUUGAGAGAUUUGCACCAAUCACAUAGUUUUAGAUUUAGUUCUUAAAUGCUUGCACAUUAGUUUUUUAACAAGACACUUAUUUGUUAUCAGAUGUGAUAAAAAGUCAUCUUCCAGGAAUAUAUAAAGAAUGUAUAAAGCAACUACAAUUUUUUAUCAAGCAAAUUCCAAAGAAUGAUUCUAAAGAAGGUUAGUCAGUUGCAGAAUAAAUUGCUUAAGCUUACAAAACAAUUUUAGGAAAUAUUCAUGAUUAUACAGUUACUCUUGAACUUUAUACAAGUCUUCAAUAAAUAGUACAGAAAUGGCCUUUAAUUCAUGAGAUUAAUCCAUUAAUUUUUCAUGAAGUUGAAGAAAUAAUUGCAAUGAGAACUCCAAGAAAUGUUGAAAUAUAAUUCUAUGAAGAACCAACUGAAUGUGAUAGUCCUACAAAAUCAAAUUCAAUUAGAAAAGAAAAUCAAAUUGUUGUGGAGCUAUAGAGGUGGCUUAGUAAAAUGAAUUAUCCAAUACCUGUUAUUUCUAAAAGAAUUGCAAGUAGUGUAAUUAAUUCAUAAAAUAUGUUUAAAUUAAAAGAAAACAUUGAAAUUAUGCUUUCAUUUAUUUAUUGUCCAUUAAAAUAUGAUCCUGCAAAUUGUGUAAAUUAUUUAAUUUAUUUUAGUGGAUGAAAAUUGAAUUUAAUCACAAAAUUAGUUUAAAAGAUAUUCCUAAUCUUAAGGAUUGUUACUCUUUAUAAGCUCCUGCUCAUAUUUAUCAUAUCAGAUCAAUUAGAUCAUUACAAAGUUUAACUGAUGAAGAAAACCAUUAAAUUAUUGCUAAAGUCAAUCCAGCUUAUUUAUAAAUUGCUUGUAAUACUUUUUUUUCAUUAAAUUUUUAGUCUCUUAUUUGUCUGAAUGUUUCAAUGAAGAUCAUUUAAAGAAUUGUAAUUUUAAUCAUUUAACUCAAUUAUUAAUAUUUUAUUUAGAAAAAGAAUAAGAUAUUUCAAUUUACUUUUGUCUUCAUUAUAACAUUCCUUAUGCUUUUUUUUACUACAUACAUUAUGAAUAAUCUACUACAUUUUUGAUAAAUCUAUUUAUUUAAAUUAAUAUAUUAGGCCAUCAUGUAACAGAACAUUAAUAAAAAUUAUAUGAAUAAAUAUGGACAUAUUUUAAAGCAAGUAAUUUGUUUGAAGAUAUUAUCAACAUAUUAUUGAACCCUAGAAAUAGAUAAGAUUUUUUAUUUAAAUGUUCAUAAAACUUUAGAAAUAAUAACAUGAUUGAAGUUUUUACUUUACAUCCAGAUUUUUAAUUGAAGGAAAAAGUAUAUUAAUAAAACGAGAAUAAUUUUAAUUUUACUGUUGAAGAAAAGAUUCAUUUAAAAUAUGAUAUAGAUUAACUUAAACCAUUUGUAUAAAAGAAAACAAUUAAAUAAUUAUCAUUUUUCAAUAAAGUUUCUAAUAAAAUUUUACCUUCAACUAAUGAAAAGCCAGCUUCAAUGAUGGAUGUUAUUAGAGUAGCUAUAUAGAAUGCAGAAAUUAUAAAUGAACCUCAUAAAAAAAGACAAUCAAGAGCAACAAGAGAAAAACUAAUAGUUUUAAGAAGUGCUUCAGUAAUGUUUGAUUUAGAUGAAUAAGAUUCAGUUAAAGAUCCAUUUAUUCCUUAUAGCUAUAAUCCUAAUCCUUUAGAAUUAAGAGUUGAAACAAAAGAAAGUAAUACAAAAUGUGAUUAAAAGUCUGUUUCUUAUAUUAAGGAUGGUUAAAAAAAUUUAUAAAAAAAACAUUCAAGAAAUUUAUCAUUUUAAUUAUAUCCUUUAUCUUUAAAAGAUGUAACAUUAGGUAAAUGGGAUAAUGAAUAAAAAUUAGAUCAAUAUUAGAUAGAAAAGUAUUAAAUAAUUAUAUUCGAAUAGUCUGAUGAAGGAUGAACCAUUUUGUUAUAAUCUUUAAUAAUUUAUAUCAAUUUUGAUUUAAUAAUUGAUUUUAGGAGAUCAUAAAUUAUUCUUAAAAAACAAUUUUAUGAAUAAUCGAUAAUAAUGGUUAGGUAUAAUUUUGCUUGAUGAAAACAGCAAAGUUUUUGAUAAUUUAAUGAAAGUAAUGCUAAUUUUAUAAUUAGAUUUAUUUAUUUAAAAUUAAAUUAUCACCUUAUAUAAAAGAAAAUAGUGCUAUAUUAUGUGGAUAAUUAGUAAAUCUAAUCAUAAAAAAGAAACCUGAAUAUAUAAACUUUUAAGACAAUGCAUAAAUAUAUAUAGAUUAUCUAUGUAAAGUGAUUAUUAAUUCUUUAUAAUGGAAAACUUCAACAACUUAACCUAUAGAAUUGGAUAUUAGUAAAAAUCUACUUUGUGAAACACUUUAUUUAUUGAUUGAAUAUGGAAUAAAUAGAGGGUAGACUCAAUUAUUAAACAGAAUAACUGCAACAACUUGGAGUUGCCUAAUUGAAAUUUGUAAAUAAUGUUUCCCUGUUAGACCUAAUCAAACAUUUUAAGGUAUUUUUAUCAAAUUAUUAAAACUUAAUUUGGAAUUUGGAUCAGAAUUCAAUAUCCAUACUAUAUUUAUGAAAUUAAAUUUAUUAAGUGUCAUAAAAUAAUUGGCAGAAUUAACAGCAUCAAAUUCAGUUUAAAAUAAAAAAUUUAAUUAUUUAAAUGAAUUUAUAAAGGCAAUAUGUAAUUUAAUAUCCAAUCUUAUCAAUAAAUAAUCAUCAAAAGAAUGUUUUAAAUUAAUUUAAAAUCUUGAUUCAUGGAUUUCACUUAAAUAACGAUAUAAAAUUACAUCACAUAAUCAUGCAAAUAGUUUUUAUAGUGUAGAUUCAAGAUUAAUAAAUAAUUCAACUCCUGCAACAAGUUAAAGUUUAGCAAAAAUCAGAAUUCGAAAAUCUAAUCAUUCAUAAGCAUCAAAAGACUGA